AUGUCUUCAAGUAUACCAGCCGCUUUCCAUCUAUCAUAUGGAAAAGAUAUACAAUUUCCCAAUCUAACUAGUUAUUCCCGUCAUUCAUUAUUAUCUGGAUCAGAAACACCUUUUGCUGGAGCGUCUUACCCAACACUGUCUGCAUUCCCAUCAGGAAGCUUAGAGACGCAAAGUACAAAAUGGGACGAUUUCUCUUUCUCAUUACCAAAACACACAGAACCAGAAUGUAACACUACUAAGACGAAUAAUUCUUUAUGCAUUCCUGUUGAACAUUUACGAUUGAAACGUAUGUUUCUUGUUUGUGGUCCAGGAUUGCAAAAGUUAUCUUUAAUUGGUUGCACUAAAGGACCAUUUGAUCAUGAUCUACCGCUUCGGCUAGUUGCAGAUCACUGUCAUAAUCUAAAACAUGUCAAUGCUAGUUAUACACAAGCAGUACGUGAUCAAACUGUUAUUGCUCUAGCCAAAUCUGCUACACAUUUAAUCAGUGUAAAGCUAAAUGGUGCACAACAAAUAAGUAAUGCUGCUAUCCAACAGUUGGUUCAUUAUCAUCAACGUACUCUUGAACGUUUGGAGUUGUUUGGUUGUUUUCGCUUGAAUUCAAGUAUUUUUGCUCUAUUGGGUCGUUGUCAAGAAUUGAGAGCAUUGGCCUUUGGACAUCUUCAUCAUCUGUCCUCAGAUGGUCUACUGGAACUUGUAAGCAAAUUACCUCAUCUAUCUUCCCUAGAUUUACGAGGAACUCAGACUUUCAGUGAUGAUGGCAAUCUUUCUCAAUUGGCAGCUAAAUGUCCUCAUUUAGAAGAAGUUGUCCUUGCUAAUAUGCAUUCCUUAAAACGGGAAACAGGAAUUGCUCAAAUGCUACGUCUGCUGCCGCGUUUACGUGUUUUGGAUUUAUGUGGUUUAGCAGCUGUUGGCGAUUUAACUAUGGAAGUUUUAGCUACUAGUUGUCCUCAACUAGAAGAAUUAGAUGUCAGUUGCACUUCAGUAACUCAAAAAGGCUUAUUUCAUCUGACGAAUGCACCUGCAGUUUGCCUAAAAUGCUUACGAAUCAGUCAUUGUAGAGAGAUAACAAGUGAUGUCCUUGAAAAACUGAUUACAGCAUGUCCUAAAUUAACAUUGUUGUACGCCUAUGGAUUUGUUUCUAUCGAUGAUUGGGGCUUCCUUCAAAAAAUACGACCUACUUUAUUAGUUGAACGAGGUAUUUAACACUGCCUAUCAUAGACGCUUGUUUUAAACCUAUUAGAAAUAUGGAUCCUUUGACCACCUUUUUAUCCAUGAUCGCUUAUCAUCAUGCAUAAACAUGUGAAACAACAAAUUCUACCUAUUGUCGAUUCUGUUCUAUUUUGUUUCUUUCCGCCUUCUUUUUUUUAUUCUCCUCAAAUUCUGGAAGAAUAAAACAUAAUAGUAAUAGUGAUAGUAGUAGUAAUCACUAACCAUUAGAUGUAAAGAGAGUAAAAGCAAAUCUACUCCAGUUGAAAAUUGCAAGGAAUCCAUUUUGUGUAUGAUCUUCAUCAUCAGCUCACAUACGU